AUGAGGUCUUUGUUGUUAUUGGCAGCGGUGUGCUGCUUAGUGUUGUCGGCGUGGGCUAGUCCAAUCUCGAGGCCGGAGGAUGACAAGGAAGUGGGGAGACAGUCGGCGGCGGCCGCGGCACCAGCACCGGCGGCGUCAGCUGAGGACGACGACGAUGAUGAUGACGACGACGACGACGAUGAUGGACUAGGGGGAUUGGGAGACGAUGAUGAUGACGAUGACGAGGAGGACGAUGAUGAUGAGGAGGAAUCAGACGACGAUGACGAGGAUGACGACUAUUUGGAGAGGUUCUUCGAUGACAUCUUAGGAGGAGAGGAUGACGACGAUGACGAUGACGAACCAGCCGCGGUCCAACCGGUCGUCGCUCCGGCUGACGUUGUCGCCGCUGCGCCAGCGGCACCCGCAGCGUCGGCUGCUUCCGCUGAAGAGGUGUCUACAGUCGCCGAGGAGGCGGAAUCGGCGGAGGGAGAGCCAGCCGCCGAGGGCGAGGAGCCCGAGCCAGGCCAGAAGGAGCCCGCCAGUGCCGAAGUCGAGAGCCAACCGUCGAGCGCCGAGAUCGCCGCCCCCGCCGCAUCGGACGCCGAAGACGAAGACGACGAUGAGGAAGACAUCACCGACGCUCUGGACCCCGAGGACGACGACGACGACGACGACGACGAGGAGGAUGACGAGGACGAGGACGACGACAUCUCCGACGCCCUCGGCAGGAACAUCUCGAAGCACUCACGUGAGUCAAAAAAGUUGAGCGCGAAGCACGCGGCGCACGCGAAAAAGGGCGGCAAAAAGGCGAACCAUGCCGCUAAAGUAAAGAAAACCAAAGCCACACCCAACGCUGCGGUCGCUGAUCACAAAAAAUUCAGA